AUGAAGCUCAUGCAAGCCUUGGUCGCCCUUGGCAUGUUUGCCAGCGCGCUUGCCAUAGAACAGCGCAGCUACGAGAGGGCGAUUGAGGAGAGGGCGAUUGGGGAGAGGGAGAUAGGCGCAAGGGGAGUGGCAGCCCCGGCACGAGCCGGAAAGGAAGACAUGGCAACAUCCAUGUCCUCCGCCAUGCCGACAGCCGCUGGGAAUAUGGCACCCAUUAUCGGAAUGGCCAUCGCCGCCGGACUGGCAUUCUUGUAG